AUGUCUACCAACCCUUUCUUCUCUGCAUGGGCUUACGGCGGUGACGCACGCUCGUCUCUCUAUGGCGCGCUUCCUGCCCCUGACUCCACCACAUCCGACUUCCAAAUGCUAUAUUUCACAUCAAUGAACCCCAACAUCCUGAGUUGUACUCUCACGAAAGCAGACGGCCAACCGCAAUACUACAUCACGACCGACUCAUGGAUACCAGGCUACACUAACUUUAGGACUGUCGGAGGACAAAGCGUCGUCCUCAUUGAAUGGAAUAGCCGUGGUGCGGAGGUUGAGAUUCGCGGAACCUUGAAGAAACAAUACGCUUCCGAUUUUCUUCAGCUCUCUCGCGAUAGAAGAUUCAGGAUCAUGACUUUUGGUGGGGAGCAAUAUGCCUGGGUCGCUCGCGACAAUACGAUCUGCAUGUAUAAAGUGAACAGCUCCUCUGCUGACUGUUUGGCGAGGCUAUGCAAGGAACAAGGAAUCAUCAGGCUAGAGAUGUCGCCAAUUGCCAUCCGGAAUGGUCUUUUGUCCCCAACCGUGUUGGCGGCGGUUUUGCUCCAAGGCGGCCGUCGUAUCGACUGA